AUGAAACUAUUAUUGCUAUAUUUUCCGAUUCUAGUCGUUUCUGACUAUGCCGAAGAAGUAAAACAAUACAUUGACCACAGUGUGGAUCCAUGCGAUAAUUUUUAUCGCCAUGCAUGCCGUGUUGGUGGUCCGGAAUACUUUCCAUUAGCAAUUGUAAUGAGAGAAUUGGAAGAAGUUCUAGGAAAGUACUCUCCCAAAGUAUACCCAGAGUUUGCGGACAUCCAGAAUGAUUUGGAGAAUUCUACCAAAGUGGAAAGUUUUUCGGAAAUGGUUGUGAACAUUUAUAAAUCUGUAUGCGAAUCCAAACAGAACGUGUCUGAUUAUUUAACUGGAAUUGAAGAAUUGCUUUUUGGGGGAGAGGAAUGCCUAAGUCACUUUUGCCUGAACCAUCUUGUGCAGGAUUCGAAUUGUGGUCGAGUCGCUGAACACAUCCAGAAUGUGUUGAAAACAACGGAUAUGUUGACAGGAACUGAAACGUUUGAAGAUUCUUUGAGAAAAAUCCCCAUACUGAUUAAAGAAGUUGAAAGGAGAAACGCGGUGUGGGGAGACGAUGGAUUGUCAAGAGCAUCUGAAUUUGAUCAGUACUUUUUGCAAAUGAAAGAUGCCACUGCAGAGAUGAUAAUGGCAACUCCCUGGGUGAGAAAUCAUAAUGUAUCAGAAAUGAUCGUUUCUGUGUUGGAAAAAUUAUAUGUGGAAAAUGCGGUGGAAACAUCGAAACAAAACCUUGUCAAAACUUUGAAGGACAUGAAUAGUGUCUAUGCACAAUGUCGAAAACGCUACAACACCGUUCCCAAUUCGCUGAUAGUUCAGUUUUGCAUGGCUUAUGCUUACCAUGUAACUGGAAGUGAAUUUAAACUUCAAGAAAAAGGAGCUGAUUUUCUUAAAGAAAUCAUGGCCGGGGGAACACUGUAUCCUGGUAUAAAAGUUGGUUAUCAAUGGUAUCAUAUUUUUCAGCAUUCUGAUAACCGUGCGUCAAAACUUGGAUCGCCGGGUUUCACUAUUGCUCAUGAAUUAUCACAUGCCUUGAUUAAAGGAGCGAAUUUCGACAUUCUUUCAUACUUCUCGAAUGAAGCUAGAAACUGCAUUCAAGAUCAAUAUAAAUCCACAUGCAAGGAGUUUGACGAGGGUGGGUGCCGGAUCACUGAAAAGCGAUUUGAAGAGAAUGGAGCCGACGUCUUUGGCUUUGAAAUUAUAUGGUCCAUGUUCGAAGAGCAGUUUUUGAAGAGGCAAAAAAGAUCAGAGAAUAUUGAAGCGUCUGAAGAUUUGAAGCAAUUCUUUUACUCAUCCGCUUCCAAUCUUUGUUUCGGAGAAAAAAGAGUUGAGAAUUUUCGAGAUGAUCAUUCUCCUGCAAAUGUGAGGAUCAAUGCGCUAGUUAAUCAUCCGGCUUUCCAAGUGGCAUUCCAAUGUUCCGACGAUUCGAGAAUGAUGAAAUCAAAAACCAAACAUUGUUCCGUUUACGGUCAAAACGCACCACCCAACCGCCGUCAUUUUGUUUCAACUCAUUAA